UGGGUACACAGCGCGUGUCACUUCUACUGAGAAAAAGUGAGAAACACAAACACAAACACAGACACCAACCUCAAACUUCACACACAACCAAAAUCCACACUUCUCUUCUUCCAUUCUCUCACGCUAUCACCAUCUACACAGUGUCACGUCCAUCAACGUUUUCCAGGUUUUACUUGCUGGAUGAACUGACUGCCAUAUGUCAUUUUAAUGUGGAUAGAGUGCUAUGGAGUUUAGCUAGGAAGUGCCAGAGGUAAAGUUGUGAGAAGCAGAGAGAACAUGGCUCCGGCUAGCAAGGCUGAGAAAAAGGCUGCAGUGGAUGCAGCUGCAUGGAUGUUCAAUGUCGUUACAUCUGUUGGAAUUAUCAUUGUAAACAAAGCUUUGAUGGCCACUUAUGGCUUCAGUUUUGCCACAACAUUAACAGGCAUGCACUUCGCUACCACAACUUUGAUGACAGCAGUACUAAGGAUGCUGGGAUAUGUCCAACCUUCUCAUUUACCCUUGACAGAUCUUCUAAAAUUUGUUCUCGUUGCUAACUUCUCUAUUGUUGGAAUGAAUGUUAGUCUAAUGUGGAACUCAGUUGGAUUCUAUCAAAUUGCUAAAUUAAGUAUGAUCCCUGUAUCCUGCCUUUUGGAAGUUGUUCUCGACAAGAUUCGGUAUUCAAGAGACACAAAACUGAGCAUAGGUGUCGUUCUUUUGGGUGUUGGCGUUUGCACUGUUACUGAUGUGAGUGUUAACACAAAAGGAUUCCUUGCUGCCUUUAUCGCAGUAUGGAGCACUUCCAUGCAACAAUAUUAUGUCCAUUUCCUUCAACGGAAGUAUUCUCUAAGUUCUUUCAACCUAUUGGGACAUACAGCACCUGCACAAGCUGCAUCACUACUGUUAUUAGGACCUUUUCUAGAUUAUUGGUUGACAGACAAGAGAGUUGACAAAUUUGAAUUCAACACUGCCUCUUUGAUUUUCAUAAUUCUGUCAUGCACUAUUGCAGUUGGCACCAACCUAAGCCAAUUUAUCUGCAUCGGCAGAUUCACUGCAGUUUCUUUCCAAGUACUGGGGCAUAUGAAGACAAUACUUGUCUUAAUCAUGGGGUUCUUUUUCUUUGGUAAAGAGGGUCUCAAUCUCCAAGUGGUUUUUGGAAUGGUCAUAGCUGUGGCUGGAAUGAUUUGGUAUGGCAAUGCCUCAUCCAAGCCUGGUGGAAAGGAACGCAAGAGUCACUCUCUUCCUACCAACAAAACAGAAACAAGAUAGUUUAACAGCAAUAUUCACUAAUUUUUGUUGUUUUCAAGUGCAGUGGCUUUAUUUGCCAAAGUUGAGGAGCAUACAAAGAUAGCCGAUUCUAGGAAAGUGUUUUAAGUUUAUUUGAAAUUAAACCUCAUUGGUUCUAAUUAUUUUCAACCUCAUUUUGUAAUUCAUAAAAUUUGAUUUCUUGUUAUGGAUUCUUAGGGCCAUUGGAUGUGUCCUUAUAGGUCUAGGUUCCCAGCAAAAAUUUUCAUCUUUUGCAUGAUUAGAUGAAUAUAUUUAUAUUCUUUCUUGACUCAUUAUUUGAAACUUGUACUUUAGUAGUGUGCAGUGAGAUUGAUUCAGUAAUUCAUGUGUGAAGUGUGAUGAUGUGGUUUAGGAUUCUCAUCUUUGAUAAGGUACAGGUGCUGUUUAAUCCUCAGAUCAGAAGAAUUGCCUAGGAAAAUGUCUCUAAUAAAGCAAAUCUUUUGUAAG